CACCGGAACCCAUUCCUGAAGAAGUUCGAGCAAGAAGACUAACAGGACGUUAGUGAAAGGUUAGUGUGACUUUUACUCGUCCAGCCAGUAAAAUUUCAGCCAUUCCAUUAGUCCCUGUCUUGAAUUUUUUCCCCCUCUUUUGUAACUAUGUUCAUGGAUGAUGCCCGUUCAUGCCGCUCUCGUGAACAGCAGCGUUAUGGCAACUGGUAGAGACGCUGUCGUUCUCCCUUACCAGUUUGAGCCAGAGUCGGACCCAGAAGGAGAGAUAUCUGAGGAGGGUCAAACUCUGCGGCUGCAGCAGGGAGUUUCUGCAUGGUGCACCUGUGGAAACUGUGAAACCAUGCCAACAGAAGCUGAAUGUGUUUGUUGCUUGGAGAUCCCACAGGUCACCAGGCGGCUACAGGAGGUUGAUGAAGACCUUACAUGUAUGGUAGACCAUCCAGGGUUUGAGCCGGUCUGCCUAAACAUAUACUCCCUGCAGAAUGCCAGCCAAAUAUACAGAGCUGACUAUGGUCGUUUGCAGCUCAGAGGCAUACACCGGUAUGAUUUACUUCACAAAAUUCGUUUCAGGUAUUUGGCAUAUCGCAGCUUUGUGAGCUGGUGCUGGGGCUUCCUGGGACAAAGAAUUCGUGUUGUGAUUCCAGCUUGUGUGGUACUGCGAAUCCACAGGGAAUUCCCUGAUGCAGAAGGCCACUAUGUGGGAUUUAAACUGGCCCUCGAUUAAAUCGGGACACAUAGCUGGCAAUGACCUCCUCCUUCUCAGGCCGCUCAUACUGGGCUGUGAGGUCCUCCGGUACAUGGAUGGACAAGAGUGCAUCUGUGUACGGUGUCGUGUCCACAAGGACUUUUUCAAAUAUGAGGUCCAUCAUGUCAGCAACAUACCCUGUUUCACAAAACACAAGCAAAAAGAUGAUAUUUAUUUUUAUUGUAAUUGAAAAAUUUCUUUUUUGGAAAACACUAAAACUGUGCUAAAUACAUCCUGUUAUAUCCUGUUCAAUUUUUUUUAUUUAUUUAUUUUUCAAAAGUUAUUUUUAUUGUGCUUUGAUUUUCAUUAUUUAUAAAAAGACAUGACAGCCAUAAUUAUAACAUCAAGUUCAAAAUA